CUCUCUUUGAGACCUUGUCUUGGCUGGGGUUUGAUCGAAGGGAAAUCCAAAGAAGAAAUGGCGGAAGAACAUAGAUGUCAAGCACCAAAACCAUGUGCUAACAACUGCGGAUUACUUGGAAGCCCCGCGACGCAGAAUCUUUGUUCUAAAUGUCACCGUGAUUUUCAGCUUAAACAACAUCAAUCUUCCUCCGCCAAACACGCGAUUCAUCAAACCCCAAUCCCUUCGACAUCGAGUUCAUCUUCGUUCCAGGUGGAGGAUGAACAGACGGAGGAAACGAAGGCGACGGAGGCGGUGGUUGAGGUUAGACCUAAGCGAUGCUUGAGCUGCAACAAACGCGUGGGGCUCACGGGGUUCAAGUGCAGGUGUGGGAUGGUGUUUUGCGGGAUCCAUAGAUACCCGGAAGAACAUGGUUGUAGUUUCGAUUUCAAAGCCAUGGGAAAACAACAGAUCGCCAAAGCUAAUCCUGUUGUGAAGGCUGUCAAGCUUCAUAAAAUAUGAAUUUUAAUUGA